CGGCGUGUUGCACGUGCCCGGGAGGAGCUGAUGGAAGACGUGUUUUUGUGCCGGCUUAAUCCACAGAACAUGUCGUGUAUAUAAGGUCACUUUAAAAUGAAUGAUAAUCUGGGUGUGAUGUGAUUGAAUGCCUGGUCAGGAUGUUUAGUCACUGUACCGCUGUGCUGCAGAUGUCUCGCACACACUUUGAUUGUUACAGUCGGGCGGCCGUGGGAUGAAUACAAAGAUCCAGAGUCAACAUGACGGAGCAAAAAGUGAGCCAUGUUAUGAAAAGCUGAAGUUUUCUUUGUCACGAGCCUCCGGACGUCGUCACACUUAAAAACCACCACAAACGAUUCCCGACGCGCGUCACCAGGGAGGCCUGUUGUCUCCGAGUGGACAAAGAGGGACGAGCCACAGGGUGAGUGUGAGGGAGGCUCAUGGACAGUGUGUGGCUGUAGAGGGACGGUGGAAUAAGUAAGUAUACCGUCAGGCCGAUCUUUCAUUUUGCUCGUCUUCAAGCUUCGUGCUCGUCUUCUAAAGACUCCCCAGACAUGAGUCCGUCCGGGUGGUUCUGGUUCACCUACGUGCCCUGCCUGUGUCUGGGCCUGCUCUGUCUGCUCUUCGUGGUCUUCUGGACCUCCCACUGGCACGGAGGCUUCGCCUGGGACGGCUCGGGUCUGCAGUUCAACUGGCACCCCGUCCUCAUGGUGACCGGCCUGGUGGUUCUGUACGGCUUCGCGGCCGUGGUGUUUCGCUUGCCGUUCACCUGGAAGCAGAGGAAGCUCACCUGGAAGCUGGUGCACGGCGGCCUGAUGCUGGCGGCCCUGCUCCUGUCCGUCCUGGGCCUGUGUGCCGUGUUCGAUUACCACAGAGCCUCGAAGAUCCCCGACGUGUACUCUCUGCACAGCUGGGUGGGCCUCUGCACCGUGGCACUGUUUGCUCUCCAGUGGCUCCUCGGCCUGGCCGGCUUCCUGCUCCCGUGUUCUCCGCCGCGCUUCCGCAGCAACCUGAAGCCCGUCCACGUCUGGAUGGGCAAAGCCAUCUUGAUCCUCAGUCUGACCUCCUGCAUCAGCGGGAUCACAGAGGAACUGUUCUUCAACCUCGAUGGAGUCACUGGCGAGUCUUACAGCUCGCUGCCUGUGGAGGCAAAGUUCGCAAAUUCCCUCGGCCUCCUCCUCGCGGCCUUCGUCUUGGUCGUCUUCGGCCUCCUGUCCAAUAACAGCUGGCAGCGGCCGGAGACAGAUGGGGAAACCGUCCCUAUCAUGCUCAAUGAAAACAGCACAUGAAAACAGGAGGACAGUGAGCAGCUCUUCACCAGAAGACAACUUCGUAUUUCUCUGAAGUACCAGCAUUCCUUGAAGCCUUUCAUGGAUAAUUUGUUCUGCGUCAUAGCGAACGGGUGAUUGAUAGUGUUAAACGUUCAGUCUGUCUUUAUUUUCUAACAAAUGCAUGUUCUGUAUCUUUGUAAAAGUCUCACAAAGAGGCUUUUAUUUCUAAUUUUCACACACUCAACCUCAUGAUUUGUUCGAGACAAUAUGAAAUAUUAUCGUUUGAAAUUGAAUAAACUGGAGAAAAUCAUUUUGUUUUGGUCAAAACCUA